GCCAUUUCCUUCGGGUAGCAGCGCAUUUUUGUUUGCAUUCGACGUUUUCAAACAUGCAAGCGCGAAUACUACUUGUACUUCUCUGUAUACAGCCACUGGUUUAUGGAGCGUCUCAAAAGAAAGGUGUAGCUCAUUGGGCAGCUAAUUUCCUGUGUGAUGACUUCACCGUUCUAGAUAACAUGACGUGGUGGUAUGACUGGAGAUGUAGCUUGAACUAUUAUCAUGACAAUGGUAUCUGUACCUCGGUAAUUGACAACUAUGAAAGUACUUUUAUCCCUAUGGUUUGGGGUUUCUACUGGAAUACAGACUACACGUGUCACACAGAUGUCAGUAAUGCAGGUGUUCUUCUUGGUCCAAACGAGCCAAAUCAUCAGUCACAGAGUGAUCUUACACCGGCAGAAGCAGCCGCAGCAUGGCCCUCUUUUGAAAGUAAUUCUAAUGGUCUGGCUUUAGUCGCACCUAGCGCUGCCCCAUGUGGUUCUGGGUGUAACGGUAAUACAACAGAAUGGCUAGAUGAGUUCUUCGCGUUAUGUACAGACUGCAGAGUUGACUACAUUGCCACGCAUACAUACUGGUGCGGAGUUGACAAAACAAUGGAUUUCUUGCAGAUGAUCUACGAUAGGUACGGAAAACCAAUCUGGCUGACCGAGUUCGCUUGUAGACAUAAGAAGAACAAUCCGGCUAAAGUGUUGAGCUACAUGCAAGAGAUCUUACCAAGACUUGAAAGUGCAACAUUUAUUCAUAAAUAUGCGUGGUACAUGGCAAGAAUACCGGACGAUAAUGGUUAUAUAAAGACAUCUGCGAGCCUUUUCGAAGCUGGCAGCUCGACGCUUACAGCUCUAGGCACAUUCUACAACAAUUUUCAACCGUAAAAGACGCAACAUGACGGAUCUGGCAUUUGUUUAAUUUUGACAAUAUGAAUCCGGCUUCAGAAUAAAAAUAUCUGCAUUUCA